AUGUGUCGCCCCCCUGAUGUAGUUCCCGGCGCGGCUCAGUCCGAGGCGGAGGAAGAACUCGACGCCAGGUGGCGUGCGCAACAAAUUGAUGAUGCCACUGCUGCGUACGGCGGUGCAUGGAACUGGAAUCCGAUGACUGCUCCUGGCGGCCGGUUAUUCGGCGGUAACGCCGGAAUGUACGGCAUGAUGUCAGCAGACCCAUCGCAAAUGACCGCCAUGCAAACCCGCCAACCGCUUCAAGCGCAGUGGCUCCUCCCGCAGCACGCCCAACCCGCCCUCCCCAAACCUCCGCAAAUGCAACCCCCGACCGCGCACACGCCGUCCGCGCAGCAGAUGUUCCCGAUGAGCUGGCCGCCGCACGCCGCGCACGGCAUGUCGGCGCCGGCCCCGAUUCUGGCGACCAAGGGCCCGCUGGGGUACAUGUCGCAGGGCAUGGCGCAGGGCAUCCCGUGCGGGCUGCCACAGGAGAUGGAGUUCCACGCGGGCGACAUGGGCGCGAUGAGCACGGACGGCAUGACCGCGGAGGAGCUCGCAGACCUUGACCCGAAGAAGCAUAAGAGGAUGAUGUCGAACCGCGCGUCAGCGAAGCGGUCUCGGCAGCGGAAGCAGGAGCGACUCGAGGAGCUGGAGAUCCAGAGCGCCAAGCUGCGCGUCGAGAACGCGGCCGUCACGCGGCGCUUGAACGAGGCGUCAGAACACAUUCGGCAAUACCAAGAGAGCAACGACCGCCUGCAGAACGAACUCAAGCGGCUACGCGACGCGCUCGCUCGCGCCGGCGUUCCCGUUGCGAACAAACCGGCUGACGCGGCGGCGGAUGCGGGGAUGAGUGCGGACUUCGCGCUCAAGGUUGGCCAGGCGGGGAAGCGAGAGGUGGCGGAGCCUUUUGCGGAAGGCGCCGGGAACAAGCGCGCGAGAUUAGUGGCGCCGACGAGUUUUGAGGAGUCGGAAGAGGAAGGCGUGCACUCGCCCAGUGCGAUCACGGGUGCGACCGCACCUCCGUCGCACGCAGAGGGAGUCGCGGCGGACGCGGCGGUGGUGGCGCACGGAGCGAAUGAAGGGUUGGCGCGGGCGCGCGCGGAUGGCGCGGGGAUGGCGGGCGCGAAGGGGAUGGGGAUGAAGGAUGCGGACACAUUGGCGGACGCGGAGUUCUUGGCGGGGCUGAUAGGUUGCUUUGACGAUGGCAAGCCUCUCGAGGCGCUCAUCUGA